GUAUUAUUGGUCAGCGGGUUCGUACAGUAGCAGACACGAUGAGAGGAGAGUAAAAAUUUAAAGAAAGAAAAGAACUGUAAAAAAAUGCCACGAUAUGACCUGGUGCUCAUCUCUAGGAUAUUAAACAGGGGUAACUACUUUUGCAAGUACUGGAACAUUUUUUUUAGAGGCAAAAGGGAAGGCUAUGUAAACCUGUUACGUCAAACAUGUAAAAGCAUCAUGGACAAGGGAGGUGUUGUACGUAAAUUGGAAAACCUAGGGCAGCAAAAGUUACCUUACAGAAUGAGAGCACAUGCAGACUGGCAUAACCAUGGCAGGUACUUCUUACUGGACUUUGAUAUCAGUGACAAGCAUUUAUCUCAGCUCGGAAAAGAGCUAAAAAUGGAUCCAGAUGUCAUAAGACCUCGAGUCGUGAAAACCCAAAGUAGAUACGAUUCUAGAAAACACGAACACCCUUUGUUAGAAUGUUGGAAGAGUUACAAUCCGCCAAACGCUGUCAAUUAAAGUCAAGAAAAAUGCUUUGCCAACUGUUUGUACGUGGUUAUAUUUCAUAGGCAUCAUUGGAAUGAUAUUUAAAGUUUUUAAUAAGUAAAGGUCAUCCAAGUUUGAA